UUUUCCAACACUGCGUUAGUUUAAAAUAAACAAUAAUCAUGUGUGAUAACGAUAAGGAUCCUUCUGUACAGGAUGUUGCUACGUUCUGCUACAAUAAAUAUAAAUCACUGCCAAAAACUGGGAAACCCACCUCCAACCAGUGGACGGUCUUGGCUGGAAUCGUGGAGUCAAACCUGCAAACGAAGAGCCAUGAAGUGGUCGCCUUAGGAUUGGGCACCAAGUGCAUUCCACAUACAAAACUUUGCGAGAAUGGAUUCAUACUGAAUGAUUCGCAUGCUGAAGUUCUAGCACGACGAGCUUUCCAACGCUAUCUGUACCACGAAUUAGGACAAGACCGAAUCUUUCAUUGGAACUGUGACAGUCAAUGCUACGACCUCGACGAUCACGUGGAAUAUCACUUUCUGAGCACUCAGACGCCCUGCGGAGAUGCCUGCAUCGUGGUAGAAGAGGAUCCUGAGAGGGCAAAAAAGCGUCCCCGGCUUUCCGAAGAGUCUGAUGUUAUAUUCACCGGGGCUAAACUAAUAAACAAGGACAUUGAAUCGAAGGAAGCAUGCAUCGAUGCCAUGCAGCAGACACCAGGAGCUCUCAGAACCAAACCCGGUCGUGGAAUUCCCACCUUAUCCAUGUCUUGUAGCGAUAAAUUGUCUAGGUGGAAUGUACUGGGCGUGCAGGGAGCGCUUCUGGACUCGCUGAUAUCGAAACCAAUCUACUUUAGCACCCUCAACUUUUGCUGUGCUGAUGCACACUUCGAAUCUCUAAAUAGAGCCAUCUAUAAACGGUGGGAGGGCCGUAACUUUAGUCACCCAAGAUUUCAGCCUCAAAAACCAACAAUUCGCAUAAGCACUGAUAUUUCUUUUGAAUUUGCUCAGUGUGCUGAAUGGCAGCCCUCUCCGAAUGGGUUGGUUUGGUCUCUACUCCCUGAGAAUAAGAAGCCCUAUGAAAUAUCUGUAAAUGGCAAACGUCAAGGGUUGACCAAAAAGAAGAUAAAUUCUCCACAAGCUGCCUUGGAAAUCAGCAAGUUUAAACUUUUUCUAACAUUUCUGGACUGCAUUAGCACCAACCCUGAUCUGAGCGAAAAGUUUCGCAGAAAAUGUACCAACCUCGACGAAAUAACAUACGCAACAUGUAAAAGCUGGUCAACGGUUUACCAAGAAGCCUGGCUACAAUUAAAAGAUGAAUUCUUUCUUAACUGGACCACAAAGCCAAGUCGACUACUAAAUUUUACUCAAAAACCUGCCGUAAAAAGUUAG